CUCAAACGGCUCGUCGUCAUCAAUCUAUCACACAAAGCAAAUACGUUGACCUUGUCCUUGACCGUGCGUCGUGGAGAGGACCUCGUAACAACAAGUAGACGCACAGUGGAAAGCGAACAGCAUAACCAACUUCCAGAAAUUAAAAUAUCAUAUGCUAUGGAAAAAUAAUGCGGUCCAUCACGUUGGUUCCGCCCGCAGGGCACGCAUCCAGAACUGCGACAUCAAGUUGUGUGCAGCUCUUGCGAAAUAAUCCCCCAGGAACUACAGUGUCAGUCUCAGUGCCGUCCCGGAGAUACAAUCAUGCACUACAAGUGCCACUUUCCUACUCGACUCGACGUUUGCUCGAAAACGACGACAGGAGUGCGAACAGACGAGCAGCGCAGUUUUACACUCGAAACGCUCAACACGGGGCUUCAAGCAACUCGUCUUCGAGUAACGCACUGCUUUCGCACUGGAUGCGCAGGGCGUUUUAUUCGACAAGCGCGGCAGUGCAACCGGUGCCAAUCUACGCAACUGGCCCGCGAAGAGAUGAUGGUACUGACGCAGCGGAUAUCAAUCGAGGUGAUACAACCCCGGCGCCGUCACAAGACAGUCCUUCAUCUUCCAAUAGCGCUAGAACGUCGACCGAGCAGGAGGACAGUGCCGACGUCGAGGUCGACGACGGAUCAGCCCCAGCAACGGCCUCAAGUGCUGCGAAUGCUGCAAAUAAAAGCAGCUCCGCAUCACAAACUGCUUCCCCAUACCAGCUGGCGAUUCUGCGCGGGGACUUGGAGCUGGCGACGCAAGAAGCGCUGCAGACGCCACAGGGACUCCCUUUCGUCGCGAACCAGUGUGCACAGCGGGCUUUUUUGCUGUACAGCUCAUCGCGGGAAGAACGCGAAAACGCCAUCGCGAUCGGACAGAAAGGGGAGCACUUCGCGCAACAGCUGGAAAGCCUCGUGAACGCAGACGCUGGAGCCACAAAAAGUGAUCUCCUGCUGCAGCCCACGUUGUGGGCGCCGCUGUGCCAGCAGGAGUUUGUGCGCGUCGAUACCACACUGAAACUCGCACGCGCGGCCAUCUACAUGAAAGGCUACUGCCAGGAGAAUCGAGCCGAAGUGUUGCGGGCAACGAGCAGUGGUGCGCCGGACAGUGGGACGGCUCUUCCCGAACCGCCGGGCGCGCUGGAGUACCAGCUGGUUGGGAGAACCGUUGUAGCGCGCAUGCUAACGGGCCGAGUUGCCAGUGUUCUGCAGUGCUUCAUGGGACUCAAAAUGAGCACUCUCUUCCAUCCCCGCGUCUUCGAUGCGCAUGUCAAGGCCGCGAAAAAUUUUGAAGUGAUACAGAUCUUUUUUUGUAUCUGGCUUGACGUAGAUUUAGUAUUCGAAUUCGGUCCGACUCAUGACGUCUUCAGACACAUUGUCGUCGCCACUCGUCGUAAUCGUUUAUUUCUAUUCUAUGUAUUGAUAUUGUUCGGCACUGCGAUUGCGCAAACAAUAGCAUGCGUCCAUCGCAAACAUCAUCGCGUCGCUGAUGCCAUCGAAAGCUAAACUUUCCCACCUGAAAAACAAUCAGGAGCACUUGUCUUCCCCCGGCCCACAAGGACCGUUGGAGGAUGCUGCAGGUUAUACGGAUGCCGAGUUCGCGCUUUGGAUGGAAGCUCGCGAGCACGCCGUCGCGAAGCAGUUCCAGUUGGUCUCCCAACUGGUUGCUGAGAUUUGCGUGGCACGCAAUCCGCAGAUGCUGUCCACGUCGGAAGCAAGGUGGCUUCUUCAUGCCGCCGAGAACAUCUUUGAAAACGAGUGCCAGUACGCGGAUACGCUUCGGAGAGCUGUGAAAACCUUCCAAGCGACAGAGGAUAUGAUCUGAUAAGCUGAGGAAAAAUCCAUGCGUAGUAUGGCGAAGGCGGAAGCCACACCUAAAGACUUGAAUGAUUAUCGAGGAUAUGAAGUCACAAAGAAGCACGAACUGCAACAGGAGCAGCAGCUCCUUAUUCUACAAAUUAAUA